AAAGAUAGCAAAUAAUUUUUAAUUGAUAAGUUUUGAGUAACAUUUUUUAAAAAACUAUCUUGUUUGAAGAAGAGCAAGAAGCAUGAACAUUUUAUAAAGUGUAAAUAAAAUUCAAGUUUGAAAACAUAUUGUGAUAAAAUAAAUAGUUUUGUUUGGACGACAACAAUAGAUGAAAUAAAGGUGAAAGCAUAUCUCAAAAAUUGCACAAACCAAAAUUACCAAAUAAAUAUCAUCGUUAUCAUUUUCAUAAAUAAAUUUGGAUGGUAGCUAUUGUUAUUGUACGUUCAUAACCAAAUUAUUGCCAAAAUAUAUAUAUGUGAAUAAAUUGUCAUUCGAUUUGGAAUGUUAUCGAGAGAAUAAGCCAAACUUAAGUGAAUUAAGCCGAACGUAACCGAAUGUAUUGAAUGUGUGAUAAAUGGAACAAAACGCAGAAAGUGGAAUCGAUAUGAAUUCAAGCAGUGAUUUACCUGAUGAUUUUUCAUCACCGGAACGUUUACCUUUAGCCAAAUUAACGCCAAGAGCCUUAAUGUACGAUGAAUAUGAUGGUGAUGAAAUGCAAGACAUUAUGAGACGUCCGACGCUCGGCCCAUUCGCCAAAAACAAUAACAACAACGAUGACGGCGAUAAAUCAUCUAUGGACGAUGAUGAAGAUAUUAGUAUGAGAAAUCCAAACAUUCGACCAAUGGUGCGAUCGACGACGUUGAUGCACUCAAAAAUGCAUUUAGAAUCACCACCGUACCGAAAGGUGAGCCAAUUAAGGCUGUUUGAUGAGCCGGCAACACCGAAAACUCUCAUUAAAAAAUCGUCAUUCGAUAGUGGACCGGUUACACCGGCCCAACGUAAAUACAUUCGAAAAUCAAUUUUAUCAAAUAUUAUGAGCGGACCACCACCACGCACACCAAACAUUUCCGAUCGACCAAAAGCACUACCCGUACAUAAUAAAGCAUUGGAUCCGGUCACCGCCAACAUUAAUCCAUUUUCACCCUCAAGUUUCAGUCAAAAGAAAAAACGAUCUCGAACCGAGGAUCAAUGCCGAUCCACUCGAAAUAGUACCGAAUCUCUAGUUAGCAAAUCAAAUUUAUCAAUUAGUUCAAUAGAAGAAGAUGUAUCAGGCGGUAAUACAACCGACGACGAAUGGCAAGCACCCAAGCGAUUGGCCUUGCAGGAGUCAAAUUUGCCGCGCUACGAAAAGGAAUUUAUUGAAUUGAAAUUAAUUGGUGAAGGUGAAUUUGGUGUUGUAUACAAAUGUUUAAAUCGAUUGGAUGGCGUUAAUUAUGCCAUUAAAAAGAGCAUAAAACCAGUUGCUGGUAGUGCUUUUGAAAAAAGUGCAUUGAAUGAAGUGUACGCACAUGCGGUGUUAGGUAAACAUGAUAACGUUGUUCGGUAUUAUUCGGCAUGGUCGGAAAAUAUGCAUAUGAUAAUACAAAAUGAAUAUUGCAACGGAGGCAGCUUGCAAGCCUUGCUCAAACAUCGAUCAUUGGUUGAUUCCGAAUUACGUACACUGUUGGCACAUGUGGCUGACGGCUUGAAAUACAUACACUCGAAUGAUCUCGUACACAUGGAUUUAAAAUGUGGAAAUAUUUUCUUAACAAAAGCCGAAAUUCGUGCCCAUGCAUCGAAUCCAACGAGCAGCAAUGCCAUCGCCAAUAAUUCCACCACAGAUAGUAACGAUGAUGGAUUCGAGGAUAUUUAUGAAGAAUUAGAAAUGGAAGUAACAUAUAAAAUUGGUGAUUUGGGUCAUGUAACAUCGAUUCGAAAACCACAAGUUGAAGAAGGCGAUUGUCGAUACCUACCAAAAGAAAUUCUCCGGGAAGACUAUUCACAGCUCGAAAAAGCUGACAUUUUUGCGUUGGGACUGACAUUAUACGAAGCUGGAGGUGGUGGCCCAUUACCGAAAAAUGGACCGAUUUGGCAUGAUUUGCGAGAAGGUCGUGUACCUGAUUUGCCAAAUGUUAGCAGAGAGCUCAACAAAUUUAUUAAGGUAAUGACACAUCCAGAUCCAAACCAAAGACCAACGGCAGCUGAAAUACUUAAUCAUCCUGUAUUGAAUCCAUCAGAAACAAAAACCAAACGGCAGCUGUGCUAUGAGUUGAAUUUGGAACGAAAAAAAAAUGAGCUACUGAUGCGAAAACUUAAAGAAACAAAAGCACUUCUCAAAUCAUAUGAAGUAUCCAAAACUCCCCUUAAUAAAAAAGUCCGAAAUAAAAUAAUGAUCUAAAUUUUCUGUUUAUAAUUCAUGUAUGCAAAAAGCCUAGGGAAUAGAAAAAUCAACAAAUACAAAAACAACAACAACCACAA